UAGAAGCCUAUUUUAUCCAAUAUACAAAUUAGGUUUUUUCCUUUUUAAACUGUAAAAUAAUCAUCUCUAAAAAUAACAGAAAACCCGGAUUGGAUACUUAAAAAGUUUGUGUUUUUCCACUUAAAGUUUCCAACUUUAUGGCAUCUGUUGCUGAUACACUAAAAACAAGAUUAUUAUUCUUUAUUAUUAGUACGAUAAUCUUGUUUCCAUUGAUCACACAUUCUAUCCCUUUUGUUGUCUUUCAUGGAGUUGCGGAUAGUUGCACCAAGAAAGGAGUUACACAUUUCACUGAUCUUUUAAGCGAGUGGUCUAAUGCUAAAGGAUAUUGCAUAGAAAUUGGAAAUGGAGCUUGGGAUUCUUGGUUUAUGCCCUUCGAGGAUCAGGUUGACAUUGCUUGUGAGAAGGUGAAAAGUAUGACUGAACUUAGACAAGGAUAUAACAUAGUCGGGCUUUCCCAGGGUAACUUGGUUGGCCGAGGAGUUAUUGAAUUUUGUGAUGGAGCACCUCCGGUGAAGAACUUCAUAUCUGUAGCAGGUCCUCAUGCUGGGGAAGCAUCAAUACCAUUUUGUGGUAGUGGUGUAAUGUGCAUUAUGGUGGAUAAUUUGAUUAAGUCAGCAAUUUAUAGCAACACCAUCCAGGAACACUUGGCUCCAGCAAAUUAUGUGAAGAUCCCAACUGAUCUUGAUGGGUAUCGAGAAGGGUGUAAAUUCCUCCCAAAGCUAAAUAACGAGUUUAAAAAGAAUGCUACAUACAAAGAAAGGUUCUCCAGUUUGCAAAAUUUAGUGCUUAUAAUGUUUGAUAAAGACACAGUUCUGAUACCAAAAGAAACUUCUUGGUUUGGAUACUAUCCUGAUGGAGCCUGGGAACCAAUACUUCCACCACAAGAGACACGACUAUAUAUUGAAGACUGGAUCGGUUUGAGGACAUUAGAUGAGGCCGGCAGGGUCAAAUUCAUAAAUGUUACUGGAGGACACCUCGAUAUGUAUGAUGAUGAUAUGAAGGCAUACAUCGUGCCAUAUUUAGCUGAUGAAGAAACAAUCAAGAAUCCAAUUCUAGCGAAAUCAACUAGAGAGCAACUUUUGCCUUCAACUGAUACCACGAAUUUUAGUAGAAAACUGGGUGGUGAACAAGAUCUUCAACUAAAUGUUCUCCAUCGCUAGUAAAACACAAUUAUUGAUUAUUUGCCGUAUAUAAAGGGCUGUGUGUAAUUCUAUAUAUUUAAACUUCGAUUUGACAGCUUAGUAGCUCAUUUUCAAAAAGGGCUGUCUGGACUCUGGAAUGGAAAAAAAAAGUCGUUAAAUACA